GUGUGCUUUCUGUCAGCCUCAGUUUGAGCUGCGUUGUCUGGGGAAAAUGUAACAACAAAAGCAGGAAUUCUUUUUCUUCACACGAUUCAUGAUGGUGAUAACUGAUCUUGCUGCAAUUGUAUUAAUUAAGGUUGUAGAAAAUUUGUCAGAAUAACCAAAUAUUCCCUGAAGGCUGAGGCUGACUGUGCUGAAUUUUGGUUCCUCCUUCCCCAAAAUGGAGUUUUCUUCCAUCCAAUACUGAACGAAAUAAGUAACUAUGUUUGGACUUCUUUUUUUGGUUUUAUUCACCCCUGGAGUCAGUGAAUCUCUUUGUGUGUCAUCAGAUCUAGAAAUGUCAUAUACUUUUUGUGAUUCCAUAGCUCAUGCUUUCAUGAUUAACCUGACACCUUGCAGCAUCAUUAACACAUCUGUAUGGAAGGCUGUUCUUUCCUGGAUUCCAAGAAGUGACAUCAGCUUUUUGAAGAUUGUCUUCAACGUCUGGUACAACGGUGCCAAAGCUUUACACUGGAAAGAAGUCCUUUGCAGCGGAGCUGAUGACAAAUACUCGGUGUGUGGAACACUGAAAGGAGAAACAAUAGCAACAGCAUUUGACAUCAAAGGUUCAAGAAUAACGUUUCCAAAGGGCAAUUAUAAUAUUAUUGUACAAGCAUUCUCUGAUGAUUCUGAAAAUAAUAUAAUUAUAUGCUUGAAUCUCACCAUGAUAGUAAACCAAGAUGCUUUCUGAAUGCGCCAAAUGUUUCAAAUAAUUCCAGAACAUGGAGGUGACUUCUGCAAACAACUGGAAUCUGAGCUGUGAAAUAAUAAGCACACUGAUUUUCCUGAGGUAGAAUACAUCAUGCACUGUCUGGAAAGCUACAUGAUGGAUAGUCUUAUCUGUUAAUAGCACUGCUGGAAUCAGAUGCUCCGUCAACUUGCACAAAUCUCUGGGAACCAGGUAUCCUGAUUAACCGACAGAAUAACCCUGUCUGGUUUUCAGGCUGAGGAUAGCACUUCAGUGCUGUGCCCUGAGUUAUGAAAGAGAUGAUUCCUUUAGACUG